ACAAUGUCCAAGAGACUUGGAACCGAAUAGUUGCUAUAUAUUAAUUUGUAUAUUGGUAUCUUACAAUUAUAUAUAUAUAUAUAUAUUUAUUUAUAUAUUAUCAAGUAGCCUAGGAAAGAUUUUGAGAAUUAGUAGUAGUUUUGAUUUUAGGAUAAAUAGUCAUGGAAAAAGAAGAUUUUUUAUACGAUGUAUCUGCAAAAUUAUCACCUAAGAGUAUUGAAUGUUUAUGCUCUACAACAACCCCAGAGGUUGCCAUCGUUGUUAUUAAAGAACAAACUGGAAUGAACAUCGAAGUGAUUGAUGAUGAGUGGAUAGCCAAUGGUACACUUAAUCAAAUCAUAUUACUUCACUCUUUGCUAAAACAAAUGAGCACAGAAAUGAUUGACGUUAAACCCAAAGAGGAAGCAGUUCCUUUAGCUAAUGUUACCGUAGAAGAAUUACCUUUAACUCAAAAAUCAAUGCACAGUUGUGAUCGAUGUCCAUACAGCACUAAAAGAAAAGAGCAUUUAAAAAGGCAUAUGCAAACAGUUCAUUUUGGCGUUCGAAAAUUUUUGUGUCCCGAAUGUGGAAAGAAAUUUAAAAGAAACGAUGCUCUUCAAGAUCACCUUGCUACUCAUGAUCAGGAGACCAAAAAAUUCUUUUGUUGUCAUUGUGAACAAAGGUUUCGAAGAAAACAUCACUUAGACGAUCAUAUGAGAGGACGACACUCAAAUAAACGACAAUACUUAUGCGAAGAAUGCGGUGUUACAUUCAAAACUAGAGGCACUCAGAGACGUCAUCAAAUAACUGUUCAUAAUAGUGAAUCCAUAUUUAAAUGCACAAUAUGUAAUAAAGGUCUUUCAUCCAAGUACGCCCUAGCUCGACAUGUCAAAGUACACGAAGAUGAUGGUAAAGGCUUGGAUCACAGUCAAGAUCUGCUUUUAACGGUUGAUUCUCAUACAGAAUUUAUAACUUAAUGUUUUUGGAAUGAAUUUUUCUCCAACUUUCUGCUGACUAAGCAACUUCUUGGCAUAGCCAAAAAAACAAACUUUUAUAUAUUGUUAUAAAAAAUAGGAAACGUUAAAAAAAAUCAAAUUACAUUUUUAAAGUAAUCCUUUAAUAUUACUUUUGAAAGUUGAAUACAUAUACUAAAAAAUUUGUUAUUUUCA